GCGCUGUCACGUGUGUUUUUCCUCGUCAUCUUUCUGUCCUCCGUCUUUCGAUUUCACCCUCAGACUGUUGUUGUUUCAGUUUUACGAGCAGUUCGAUGACGAUGAGAUCGGCGCUCUGGACAACGCAGAGCUGGAGGGCUUCAUCCAGCCGGACAGCGCUCGCCUGGAGGAAGUUAUCAAAGACUAUUUCAUACAGAAAGAGAAAGAAUCCCUGAGGCCUGAAGAUUUGGGUCCGAAAGAGCUUCCCGUCCUAAAGGAGGAGGACGAAGACGAUGAGGAGGAAGAGGAGAUGGAGACCGUCGUUAUCGAGGCUCCCGAAGAGAAGUGGGACUGCGAAACCAUCAUCAGUGAGUUUAAAUUUCACGGCAAACGUUUCACUCAUCCGACAGUCUCGUCAUCAGCGAAGAAACGCAGCGGAAAUCUUCCUUUAUUUUACGAGCAGUUCGAUGACGAUGAGAUCGGCGCUCUGGACAACGCAGAGCUGGAGGGCUUCAUCCAGCCGGACAGCGCUCGCCUGGAGGAAGUUAUCAAAGACUAUUUCAUACAGAAAGAGAAAGA